CGCAAACGGGAAUCAACGUCCAUCUCCAACCCAAAUCUAGUACUCGACCUGGAUGUGGCUGCCAUAGCCAUCGCCAUUGCCUCGCCUGACCGCCCCGUCAGCAUGCCUGCCGUCCAGGACUAUGUGGGCGACGCCAUCUGGCUCGUCGCUCGCGCUACCGCCGAUGCCGCAACAUCAUCGACGACCCAAUUGACUGGUGAGACUGGUCAACCUCAGGACGACGAUCGCGGCAAUCGCGAUAAAAACUCGAGUUCGCCGCUCUUAUUCUUCGUCGCACUGGGAUUUGGCGUCGUAUUCACCAACCUCUGGAUCAUUGUUGGUGUGAAAUACUGCUUUCGUUACAACGCCAGGAACCGGGCCAUCCGCAACGGCGAAGACCCCGAUCAGAUCAACAUGGAGAACAUGCCUAACAGGCCGCAUCGCAGGCGCCGCGAAAAGAAGCUUAUGACGAUUGACGAGGUCAAUGAGAAGUUCCCGCUCACCAAGUACAAGGCAUGGGUAUCAGAGCGCGCGAGGGAAGGCCUGCCCACCGCUGGCGGUGUUGAUGUUUCUGCGUCGCGAGCCAACAGCCUGCGCGACGCCGAGGGCAUCCUACCAGCCAUGUCAGAUGAUCGCACCUCGUUUGAUCGCCAUUCACAGACCAACGCCACCACGAAUGCCGACACCACGGCCCCGGACCAGUUGCACACGGCCAAUGAUGACGAGAACGAGAAGCGGGACGCGACCGGAGCCGCAACGGAACCUGCCCCCGGAGAGACCUCUCGACGAUCCGAGGCCGACAACAACCGACCCGAACUUCAGCGUAUUACUAGCACGGGCGAUGAUGAUGAUGAAGACGACCACAUUGACGCCGCUCUACCGCCCGAGGCACUGCAGGUCCCGGGCGACUCGUGCGCCAUUUGCAUCGAGCCACUGGAAGACGACGAGGAUAUUCGAGGCCUGACCUGCGGGCACGCAUUCCACGCCGGGUGUGUCGACCCCUGGUUGACUAGUAGACGUGCGUGCUGCCCGCUGUGCAAGGCCGAUUACUACACUCCCAAGCCACGACCCGCCAAUGCUCCGAACGAGAACGCUAACGGCGCCCUGAACUUUGACGCCAGGCACAACUCUCGUCUAAACUUGCCUUCGAGGCUACGCAACGUGUUUGGCGCUCGUAACAACACUCCUGCGGAUGCUACCGCGGCGACGGCUGGUCAGGAGGGUUCUCAGCAAGGCAGCCAGCAAGGCACCUUGUCUAGACUGGCGGGACGACGUCAACGCAGGAGGCGGGAGAAUGCGUCGACUGAUGCGGCACCUGAGGCACAGGCCGAUGCUGCGACAGGAGCGGCCAUGACAAAUGCUGGCAACUCGCAAACACCAGAGGUCGUGGAGACCAGGAAUGCAGGACUCUUGUCAGGCAUGCGGUCAGCUCUGCGACGUGGGCAGCGACGAGACCAUCAGGCCAGUGGACAGUCCGCGGGCACAUCGGAGGAGUCCGCAGCCAACGUCACGCCGUCCCAGCUCGAGUCGGGGAUACGCCCGAACAACCCAUCGACAUGAUUCACGGGGCGCACUUUUGAUAUUUUCAGCAAGAAUCCUUACAUUGUUUAUACACGCUCUCUUUCGCGGCACACAAUUGUGACGCGUAUACCUAUCUAUGAAUGGGCAGGCUUGCCUCCUACGCACAUCUGGUGCGACCUUUACCAGGAACCCUCAUCCUUAGCUCUAUUACACAACGACCGGCGCUUAGAUUAUGCGGUGCCUCUAGCUUGGGAUUGAAACGUCUGUAACAAUGCAUUUUAAGGUGCGAGGGUUGAUUCUGGGGCAAGCAUGGCUUUUGUGUA